AUGUACAACUCAACAACAGCCACAGGACCCUCAGUGGGACAUGGAGCUAUACCGGCACGCGGGGCAUCUCCUCUUCAACAGAAUCUAUCCGCAGGUGGAAAUAGCACAAGCACAUCGACAAAUGACAAUCAGCCAUUGUCUUCAGCAGCUACUCCACCUUACGCGACCAAAAUCCUCUGGGUGCACAACGACCUGUACUCAAGGCAGGACUUUCUGCUUGAUCCCGCCUGCUUCCCAAACGUUCAGCCGAAUGACCUAUUUGAGAUUUAUGAUCCUGCCCUUCCGAAAGACACCUCGAAAAAGCUGAUCAUUCAAUGGACUGGUCUUGACAAAGAUACCCAUCUUAAGGCCCAUUGGCAGGUCUCGCUGGCUAGUAAUAUUGCCAAAGCGUUCGGACUUUCACCAAGACAGGAUGUUAUUGUGCAAAGGGCGGAUCCCAGCCAAUACGCGGCAACAUACGUGGAGUUGACCUUCCGAGACCAAUAUGUUGGACGAAGCGACAUGUGGCGACUGAGGACGAGUCUUGUGGGAUCAUGCGUGUAUGAGGCGAAAAAGAUUAUAUAUCUGGGCUGUAUUAGGGUCCAAGUCAAGGAUAUUUACGUCGGCAACCGAUUGGUUCCCAGUGCAUGCAUCACAUCAGAAACAAGGAUAAUCUUCCGCUCAGAGUCUGCCAAGUACUUUAUUUUCAUUCAAAUGUCCCGCGAGAUGUGGGAGUUCGACGAGGAUGGGGAGAUAUUCUUUGAGAGGGUAAUUUUCGGCGCUCUUCCAAACCUCUUUGCUCGCUGGCGAGGAAAGAGAGACGGCAAGUCAGAAAUGGAGUCCCCCACCAAUCAUGUUGUGUCGAUUGUACUCUUUUCAAGGAUAUUCUAUCAGGAAGAGGAAGAAGCAAGGUUUCGCGUCGAUGGUUACCCCGGAGGCCAGACGGGUUUACAAAAGGACGAGGAGGGACGCUACUAUCAAGACUUCUACAAGGUCGUCGUUGACUGGGAGGCCAGGACCGACUGGACAACUGCCAUUAUCCCGCUCAAGGAGGAGGUCAUGCGCUAUCAACGGGACAUUUUACUGCGUCCUGCAGGGCAAUACCAGAUUCUGUCAGGCGAAAACUCCUUUGCGUUCGAGGGCAAUGUCCUGGAAUCUAUUAAUUUGGCACUGAAUUCACUGGAUAAACACUAUGUCGAUCGGGAUCUACAGAGAACAGGGCUAUCAAUAGUCGUCAUCACGCCUGGAUCCGGAGUAUUUGAUGUCGACAAGAAAUUACUGCGCCUGACAACAGAGAGGAUGAUCAGCGGAGGAAUUGGACUUGACAUGAUCUGCCUCUCAAAGAUACCAGCACAUAUCGUCCCGCUUUUCCGCUGGAAGGGACCUGCCAGUGAUAGCGAUGGUCUCAAACUCAUGAUUCAGGGGACCGAUCAAUUGUCUACGAGCUCCAGCGCGACAAACAACAGCAACGGCAAUCUUAACCCUCGGUCCGUCAGCGCUCAUUCACGGCCCAACUCCCGUCCUCCGUCAGUGAAGGAGUCGCCAGCCGAAGUACGAGGUGGACAGUUAGGGUCAAAGCUCAGUCCACCAUCGGAGGUACUGCUGGAUAUGUCGGAUCCGCUUUAUUACGACGCGCCGCCAACAUUUCCUUCCUCCCCUUUGGUGACCUACUACAUGAUGCCCCACUGGGUCGACUGCAUGUUCUACGUCAGUUCGCAGAAGCCUAACCCUCAAAAGUUUUAUACCCGCUGCAAGAUGUACGAGCUCCAGAUGAUGGGUAUUAUGGAACACGAGAUUUCAAGCAUAUCGAUCCCAUAUCUAAAUGAGAACUACAAUCAGCAGUAUUCGGCCCCGUUCGGAAAGCGACUCAGCUCUACAGACGCCCUCACCGCCAGAAGCCAUCUCUCUAAGUCGAUCGACUUUGACAAACACGAUGACGACAUCUUUUCUGACCCAAACUCACCUUUGGCAGCGGAGCUCAAGCACCUUAACUCAUCAUCUAACCACACGCCUCGCGGAUUAACCAGAGACGCUGUGUCAAUGGACAACCUGGAAUCCCCGGCUGCACGGAUCGUCAGCAAUGGGCGUCGAUACGACACAUAUCUCGGAGGCACUGCGCAUCAGUCCAUGUCGAAUCAUAAUAAGAUGGCCCCCGAGAUCUCACGGAGCCUGCCCAGAGUUUGGGGUGCGAUGACGAUUGGAGGUUCGUCAAACAUCAUUCACGAGAAUCAAGUUCUUAAGGAUAUGACAGCCGUACCAGGACGGGUCUCGUUUUCUUUAAAAAGCGCCAACGGAUUUCUUGAGGAAAGUCGAGCGGUCAUGCAACCGGACAAGGGCAUUGGAGACGACUUUGAGAAUCAUAAUGAGAUAAAAGGGCAGCGCGAGUUUCAGGACGACACUGCUGGUGAACAAAACAACUACGGCCGCACUUCAAUGCAGGGUCACAUCGACAUCAGAUCGAAGACUGGCCACGUUCGGGCGAGCACUGACGAAGACCCAGGGUUCCUGAGUUCGAGCACAGUCAAACCAAUAUUCAUAUCGCGGAAUCAACGGGCACUUCAAGAUGACGGGGCGCCCUCGGAGAUAUCGGGAGCUGACUCUUGCAAUACAGGAUCUAUUUCGAGCGACAAGGGCAACCGACCAUUCGCGUCAAACUCUGGAGGCCUCGGCAAGAUUGUUCAAAACCGGCUAAAAUCAUUGAAGGCUUCCAUCAAUCCCUGUAAUCCUCCUCGGACCAUCCUUCCCAUGACAUCGCAUCUGAGGCGUUGGCAGCACGCUUUUCCACGGGUACAGGGGCGCUCUGCGUCCACUGAUCUAAUUCGGAGCGAGGUCUACACAGAUGGCCUGUCGAACACAGAGGCCUGGAGAGGACUAAUGUCACCGGCAUCUUUACCGCUUACGACCGACUACUUCCCGAGCGAUGAGGAGCUUCGAAAGCUCUAUUCAGAGUAUAUUCACACCAUCUCGCCAAGUGAGGAAGCAGGAAGUUAUGUCGAAAAUGACCAGGAACGACGCCUCAAGGCCAAGUCCCUAAUGAAGGAGCUGAUUUACCAUCGCUUAGCGCAGGGAUUUCAACUUAUUGUCGGAAAGGCUCGAUCAUCAACCGAUGCGGUCAAGACAGACGUCUCUGGCACAUCAUCGGAUAGGAAAGGUACAGAGACGGUCGGUGGUGGAACAGUUUCCAAACGCUCUAGCGCCAGGGCUGCAUUAGGAGGUGCGCAGGAUCAUGCCCCGAUGGAAUUCCCAAGCAAAGAUGCAGGAACGACAGACGGUACCACACCUGGCAACAGCACAAAGGAUAAGGCCUGUUAUCUCAGCAUGGGACAACAGGUCCACCGACUUUCAAUCGAUGCUGUGCAGGGCAACGUCGAGGUGAAGCGGUACGAGAGACGCUUUAACUAUAAGCCCGAGAAUAUCAAGUAUCAGUGUGUCAUAUGGGCCAAGCAACUUCCCGGUUACAUGCCGCGGAAUCUAUCCUUUACCUAUCCGUUGUUGUCACAUUACCAAUGGAAUUAUCUAGACCACCUUGUCUCAGGAUAUCAGGAGGAGCUUACAGAGGAGCUUCUGUACUGGCGAGCUCGUUUCAUCCUGAUACCUAUGGAGCACGUAGCGUCGAAUAAUCUGACCAAUGUUGCAGGGGAGCACUUGGACGAGGAGGAAAUGCGACUCGCAGGAUUCCAAAAGUUUCUGGAUCUGUUCCAGAAAGCGCGCUACAACGAUACUCAAAACGAGCGUUCGUCAUCAUCCUCGAGGAAACAAGAUCUAUCGGUCAAGGUGCAGCUGAUCACUUGCAGCUUUGCAGCCUGGGCGUUUUCAGAACUGUCGAGAAAGGAGCAAGACAAUGGCCAAGCUAGUUUGAAUAUGACCGCCAUGGCGGAACCCGAGAAACUCACUCGUAACUCCAAGAUCCAGAUAAUUGCAACGGCUAUUCAAAAUCCAUUGACUGGGAUCAAGUUGCAGGACCGCCGGUGGCAUUUGCGAGUUUACAACAGUGUCUUCUUGGGCAAUGAGGUCGUGGACUGGUUGAUUCACAACUUUGUCGAUAUCGAAACCCGGGAGGAGGCAACCGAUUUCGGAAAGAAACUGUUCGAUAAAGGUCUGUUUAUCCAUUGUCUGGGUAAGCACCACUUUAUGGACGGACACUACUUUUACCAAUUCUCCGGCGAAUAUGCGCCCUCUGGAAAACAGACGAGAGGCUGGUUCAGAAAUACAACCACAUCUCUGACGAGACGAGAUGUCGACCUGGAGAAGAUUCUCUCAAGGGAUAAGGAUCCAGAUCCAACUUCUGAAAAGCAAACACGACCCUCCAACAAACUGGCUUCAGCAUCCACGGGCGGAUCAAUCGCAACCCUAGGCUCGGUAUCGCAAACCGCAAGCGGCAAUGCCUCCACUGCAACGAACACAACUCAGCCGUCGAACAAUGGAGCGCCGUCUUUUAAGGAGCGCAUGGAAAUGCUGCAAAAAUUGGCGCCACCAAAACGGGUUGAGAUGUCGAGGGCUAUCAAUAUUGACGUCGAUCCGAACAAACGGAGCGAGCGGAGAGAGACAGCAAUUCUGCACUUUGAUCUGGCGCACAACAUCAGGCAUUGCUAUCACUUCCAGCUGCAUUGGCUGGGGUGCACUGCGCGGCUGAUUGAGGACAUGUUGCAAUCUUGGGGAAGAACUGCGGAGCGGUGUGGCCUCCGCCUGGUGGAGGCACCGAUCGAGCAAGACUCGCAGGGCCGCGCCUUCAAUCCGUUUGAAUGUCCCGUCCCCAUCAAACUUGCCUUACGUCCACCGCUCACCAAGGGCUUCUUUAAGCCUUCCUCGUCACUCGACCCACUUACUGAACCGGUUCAAGUUCCCAAGAUGCACUUUUUUACGGAGCUGGUAAAACUUCAUGGGUUCAUUCUGGACAUGGAAUCGGAUGAACUGUAUCCGCCAUCGACACAACUGAACUACUCUUAUAGAAGAGCGCCUUACAAGAAUAUUCAGUACGUCCAUCGGACAGGUGUGGCAUUUAUUCAGAUUUCCUAUACCGGGUCUUACGAGUUCUUCUGGGUCAAUAAUCGACUCUUGACCUCGCAUUCGAUUACAACGCCUGAGCGCGAUCGCAGUGACUGGGACCGAUCCAAGAUUGGAGCUGCCGGCAGUAGUGGUGCCGGCAAUGGUCAAGAUGGAGGAAACAUUGGGGGUUCUUCGUCAAGCAAGACCACCGCUAACCACGUUCCCAAUCCUGAUAUGCUCCGGAAGAAAUUUGAGGAUACAUGCGCAGACAAGGACGAGCUUGCCAAGAUCUGGGGUGAGAUAUCAAGCCACCUGGAAACCGUAUCGGGUAUUCAAGAUAUUUUAGAGGACGUGCCUGACGAGAGGGUGGUUGAGAACGAAGGUCUCGAGUGGGUUAUGCCAUCUCUGGCCGCUCCCCGACGGAAAUCGGAUGCUCAGCUCGAUGUUUCUCAGGAUGGGUCCAAAGUCCAUGGGCCUACCGAUGUUAGUGACUCAGAAACUGUCAAAGAAAGUGAGAUCAAUGGAUACUCUUCGGUUUCGGCUAAUGUGCCUAUCAUUCGCAUUGAUAUGGACCCUGCGUCUCGCGAGGAGGACAGGAGACAUGCAGAAACAGAAGCUCAAUUCCAACCCCAGGAGCAGACGCAUGUAAAGAACGAACCGCAAAGGCAGACCCAGGCUCAGAAUCCAGUGGUUGACCGACAUGAGCCAAUCCCAGACGCCAAGGUUGAAUCCUCAGUGCCGCUGGAGACCACACGCGCUGGAGAAGCCAAGGAGGAUGUAGCUGAGGCCAGGAAUGAGAAAUAA